AGAGUAGUGAAAGGAACGGCUGGCUAGCUCCGUUAGCUCGCUGGCCUGUUAAAAGUAAUUCAUCGCCAAACAGCCCAAACACCGGGGGUUUGGGGGGCGAUGUGGAGGCUAAUGGAGGACCUCGGAGUGACCGUGGAGCGGCACAGUUAGCGGGGGAUUGUUAUUUACGAUUGUCAGUAGCAGCCGCUGGGAGCGAAGGCUAACUCAAACCCUGCUUGUGGGAAGUUCCUCCUUGUUCGUCUUUUUUUUCUCUCUCGCUCUCUCUCUCCCUCUCCCUCAGCCACCCUGAACAAAGUGGGGGACGUCAGCCAGGCUAGCGGAGAAACGGCUACUUCACUUCGCUCAGCGGCUUCUUUUGUUGUCGCACUGUUUGAAUCCGGUCCUUUUUUAGUCGUUUUGCUGCAAAGUCACUCGCCAGCUGCGACCGAGCGCAUUGUGUAAACGUAAAUGUGGCGAGGUGUUGCAAGUGUUGGUGGAGUUGUUAUCGCCAGUCGGCUAAUGUUAGCUUCAGCCCCUGUGUGUGUGGAUGUGGAUUAUUUCCCUGAACAACGCUCCGUGUCGCUGAUCGUGAGCUGAACCCAGCGAAAGCAGGCUGGGACUGAAGAGAAAAACAUGGUCCCGUGAACAAAAGCAGCCCGACGUCUCCUUGUGUUCAUCCGUUUUAUUUAUUUAUCCAGCGGCGGCAGGAGUACAGCCUGUACGGCUAACUAGUGCAUUUGUAAACCAAGCACUCCAGCUGACAAUGGACAAAGCAAACAUCGUUUAUAUAACUUCACGCACAAAAUGUCCACUCGGAGCGAUCAAAUGUAUCAUUUCGUGUGUGUGUGUGUGAGUGUACAUGCACCACUUGAAGUGUGAUGGCAGCGUUUCCUCGUAUGAGCUCUGUUAGUGAGACACAGUGUAGGACAGACACGGGGACAAGCCAUUGUCCUGUGGAACAUGUUAAACCAUCUGAUUGCUCUAUUAUCUCUGGAAGUUGCUACUUCAUCAACUCCACAUGAGGCUGAUCACACUCUGUGCUGCAUUGACAGGGUUCACACACAAACACACACACACCCUGGAAAACCUGGACGUUUAGACGGUUGAAGAUGCCUUGUCAUAUCUGGACCAAGUCAAAAUACGGUUUGCGAAUGACCCCGGCAUAUACAACAAGUUUCUCGACAUCAUGAAAGAAUUCAAGUCGCAGAGCAUCGACACACCAGGAGUGAUAAACCGUGUGUCCCAGCUCUUCCAUGGACACCCAGACUUAGUGUUGGGCUUCAAUGCCUUCCUCCCACCAGGGUAUCGGAUAGAGGUCCCCAAGAAUGGGAUGGCUUUCCUCCAGUCUCCGUUCUCUACACAGGUAUCCCCAGGCCAGCAGGGGAAGAGUCUCACCACCCCUGCAGUGCCUGCAACCUCAGGUAGUGCCUCUGCCACCAACGUUGAAGCUGGACCCCAGACCAGCGAAGUCAAGGCUGCCUCAUCCGAGUCCCUACCCUCUUCAACCUCAGCAGGACCCACAGAGCCCUCUAGCAGGCUCUCUCUUCCGCUGACAAGCAGAGAGAGUCAGAAUCAGGCCACCACCUCUUCCGUGUCCCCGCCCGCCUCAGAGACCAGCCCCGUGGAGUUUGACAGUGCCAUCAGCUACGUAAAUAAGAUCAAAAACCGCUUUCUGGAUCACCCAGAGAUCUACAGAGCCUUCCUAGAGAUUCUUCACACAUAUCAGAAGGAACAGCUGGAGGUGAAGGAGAGUCGAGGCAGCCGAGGCAGCAGCGGCAUGACGGAAGACGAGGUGUUUUCUAAAGUCGCCAGUCUCUUUAAGGGACAAGAAGACCUGCUGGCUGAGUUUGGACAAUUCCUGCCUGAUGCCAAGAGAUCACUGUUCACAGGGAGCUCACUGACGGGGGGGAAAGAGCAGCUGAAAAGGCCGGAGGAAGACGAUGCGUUAACCAAACAGAACAAAAAGAGGCCCAGACCCAUCCUACUGCAGCACAUGUCCCCACUGCUGAAGAAAAAAAUGAAGUAUUCCUGUACCAAAGAUCAGUCAUUUGCCUCAGUUGGCAAGCACGGAGUUUUAAGAGAAUUUUCCUUCUUUGAUAAGGUUCGUCGCCUGUUUAAAAGCCAGGAAGUGUACGAGAACUUCCUGCGCUGCAUCGCCUUGUUUAACCAGGAAGUAGUUUCAGGAGCAGAGCUGCUUCAGCUAGUCACUCCUUUUCUGGGGAAGUUUCCUGAACUGUACACCCAGUUCAAGUCAUUUCUCGGGGACAAAGAGCUCUCUCAUGCUGUGUCAGGGCUGUCGGAUCGCUACAUGGAGGGGGGAGGGGGCAGGGAGGUGGAUUAUGCCUCCUGCAAGCGCCUUGGGUCCAGCUAUAGAGCACUGCCCAAGACCUACCAGCAACCUAAGUGCAGCGGGCGCACUGCACUGUGCAAGGAGGUGUUGAAUGACACUUGGGUGUCCUUCCCCUCCUGGUCUGAGGACUCCACCUUCGUCAGCUCGAAGAAAACUCCUUAUGAGGAGCAGUUGCACCGCUGCGAGGAUGAACGAUUUGAGUUGGAUGUGGUUCUUGAGACUAACUUGGCCACCAUCCGGGUGCUAGAGAGCGUCCAGAAGAAGCUGUCCCGCCUUUCACCGGAGGACCAGGAACGAUUCAGAUUAGACGACUGCCUGGGCGGCACCUCUGAGGUCAUCCAGCGUCGAGCUGUGUAUCGUAUCUAUGGCGAUAAAUCCCCUGAGAUCAUUGAGGGACUGAAGAGGAGUCCUGCCACCGCUGUGCCUGUGGUGCUCAAGAGGUUGAAAGCCAAGGAAGAGGAGUGGAGAGAGGCCCAACAGGGUUUCAAUAAGAUAUGGAGGGAGCAGUACGAGAAGGCCUACCUGAAGUCCCUCGACCACCAAGGAGUCAACUUCAAACAGAAUGACAUGAAGGCCCUGCGGUCAAAGAGCCUUCUCAAUGAGAUUGAGAGCGUCUAUGAUGAGCGUCAGGAGCAGAGCACAGAAGAAGGUGGCAUCGGUCAGCAGGGACGUAACGGCUCUGGUUCUGCCGCAUCCAGCGAGCCUCACAUGGUGUUCACGUAUGAGGACAAGCAGAUCCUGGAGGACGCCGCCUCACUAAUCAUCUACCACGUCAAACGGCAGCCCACCAUCCACAAAGACGACAAGGACCACAUCAAGCGCAUCAUCCAGCACUUUGUCCCCGACCUGUUCUUCUCUCGCCGCGGUGAGCUCAGUGAUACUGAAGAAUGGACAGAUGAGGAGGCUGAGCCUGAGGACGGAGGAGAGGGAGAAGGGGGAGAGAGGGGAGACAGGGGAGAGAGAGGAGACAGAGGAGAGAGGGUAGAGAGAGGAGAGAGGGUAGAGAGGGGAGAAAGAGGAGACAGGGGCGAAAGAGGAGAGAGGGGUGAAAGAGGAGAGAGGGGUCGAUCAGCAGCAGUCCCAGUGCUAGGAGCAGGAGGAGCAGGAGGAAAUGGUAAUUCUAACAAUGCAUCAGGAGCAGCACCAGCCACAGGUAGUCAAUCUCAACCCCAACCUGCCCAGCCACAGCCCCAGACACAACUCCAGCAGCAGCUCAAUGGCGAGUCCAGGCGAAGGCGCUGCAGCCCGUCCCAACCUGCGGAACCAGAGGCCUCCACCACCUCCAGUAGCAUGAGUCAGGCGCCAGGGACCGCCACAUCCACCCCUGUAUCUACUCCUAUGGAGAUGGGCUCUGGUACAGCCGGGGAGAAGGUGGACCUGCGCGACCCUGAAGCGGAGCACCAGAAGGAGCUGGACGGUGUCUACAACCUGUUCUUCGUCAACAACAACUGGUAUUUCUUCCUGCGGCUGCACCAGACUCUGUGUACGCGGCUGCUGAAGGUGUACAGACAGGCUGAGCGGCAGCUGCUGGAACACAGAGCUGAGCAGAGCAGAGAGAGGCUGCUGAUGGCGGAGGGACGGAGGGAAAAAGCAUGUGACCUGGCCAUGGAGCUCCGCCUCAAACCGCCCAGCGAGGUGGAGCUGGAGGAGUAUUACCCAGCCUUCCUGGACAUGGUGCGCAGUCUGCUGGAUGGAAACCUGGACUCCACACAGUACGAAGACACGCUGAGAGAGAUGUUCACUAUCCACGCCUACAUCGGCUUCACCAUCGACAAGGUCAUCCACAACAUCAUCCGACAGCUGCAGCACCUGGUGAGCGACGAGGUUUGUCUGCAGGUGGUUGAUCUUUACUUGGCUGAGAGGAAGCGGGGGGCAGCAGGGGGGAACCUCUCCUCUCAGUGUGUCAGAGCGGCUUGGGAGACGAGCCACCAGUGGAAAGCUGAGAGAGUCAUGGCUGAGGAGAACUGCUUCAAGGUGAUGUUUAUCCAAAACAAGGGUCAUGUGACGAUGACCAUUGAGCUGCUGGACACUGAGGAGGCCCAGGCUGACGACCCGUUAGAUGUACAGUGCCUGUCGAGCUACAUGGAGCAGUUUGUAGGAGCGGAGUCUAGUCUGUGCUCACAAGCAGACGGCUACUUCUUCAAACCUGUAUUUCUGCCCAGGAACCUGCGGCGGUUCCGUCGCUGGCAGGUGCGGCAGGUGGAGGCGAUGCGCUGCAGGAGAGAGUGGCACCGCCAGCUGGGCGUGGAAAACGCCGGCAGUUUGGACUGUCGCUUUAAACUCAACACUCACAAGAUGGUGUUUGUCAUGAACUCUGAGGACUACAUGUACCGCAGAGGAGCACUGGUCAAGUCCAGGAAGUCGCAGCACAGAGUGGCAGCGACCCAGCACGAUCGCUUUGACAAGUGGCACCAGGGCUGGCUGGCCGAUCACGUGACUGCCACGGCUGAGCGCUCGGUGCAGAACUGGCUGAUGGGCGAGGAGGAGGAGGACAUGAUCCCCUGCAAGACCACCUGCCUGUCGACCGAGGUGAAAGGCCAAGCCGUCAACAGAUACCAAGUUCAUUACAGCAGUAGCAAAGCCCCGGCCUCCCCGUAGAGGCCUGCGUAGAGUUGGACGUGCAGUACACACACUCACUCACACACACACACACACACACUCACACACAUACAUACAGGUAAAUGCAUGGACUUACAGGACAUUUAUACACUAAACACAGACAUGAACAGCUGCAUUCACACUUCUCCACAACAUGUUCGCUCACUCACUUCCACUCACGGAUGAAGAAACUCUCAGAAAAAAAAAACGAGUGAAUGAGUGAGAGGAGAAGUGAUGUGGAGAAAUGGACCAACACACAGACAGUGCAGUAAUAAUCAGUGGGAGUAGAACUCGGCCCCGAUGGACGGGCCGAGACGGACACGACAGCACAAACGGAGAUCGUCUUUCCUCAUCCUCCCGACUCCUCUGCUGGCACACAGCAGCAGCAGCCGUCGAUGGGACUGAGGGACAGAGACGGUCGAUCAGGCGAGAAGUUCUGAGUUCUGAGAUCAUGACAUUUGUUUUCAGAAAUGUGAAUGUCUGUUUAUUUUUGUUUAUUUUUUUCCUUUUUUUAAGUCAAGUGUAGUUUUUAGCUUCUAAAGCCAGAGAGCCUUCUGCUUGUUGGUUGAUUUAUGCGUGUUUAUAUGGAGAGAUAACGGUAAACGUGUGUAUGUAUGUGUAUCCAGCUCUUCAUUUUGUCUGUUUGUAUGCCCAGUACAGGCUCUACAACUCCAGUAAUUGCAUUAUUACUGUAUGUGCAUAUAUAUACAACAGGGAUCCUGUAUUUUUAUAUAUGCAUCUACUCGAGUUAAUUGAUACAUCUGAAGAUCAUGUGGUUCUUUACAGUGUUUGCUGUCGGCCAACUCUUGAUGUUUGCAGUCUGUUUCUUUUUUGUAUCUUUUAUUUUUCCCUUUUUUGUGUUGUAGAGAUACGAGUUAUCACCAGGGUAACAAUGAGUCCUUAAAAAUAAUUGGUUUAAUAUUGAUGAAGCAGUCAAACUAUGUAUCAUAUUCCUGAUUUCACCAAAUGUUUACUUUGCAUCGUCUUCUCUUUUUUUUUUUUGCAUACUGACAUUGAAAAUAAAAGCAAAAUAUCAGUGUUAAAAUAGAAUGUAUAACAUUUAUCCUGUAUCAGUUAUCAUAAAAUAAACAACCUAGUUGUGACCUUCUUA